GGGAGCACCAAACCGGACACCCGUUCGCGUAUAAACUACUCCACUCCACCCCAGGCCUGACUUCAACCGCCUAUAUUCACUCUUUGCCUUCUUUUCAAUUCAGCGCCGGUGUGAAUUUUCUGUUGAGAAUUCCUAUUGAGAGUUUUCUCAUAAAGACGAGAGAGCCGCCGUCGUAUACAAUCACACCAGGAACAGAACUCGCCUCGACUCGGCUUCUUGCUAGCUUAUAAACCCCUCCUCCCCUCACCAUCUGCAUCAAGGUCUCCACUCUUACAGAUCCGCAGUACUCAAAGAACCCCGUCCGAGAAUUUUUGCCCCAUAUCAACAAUCAGCAUGUCUAGAGCGCGACGAAUCGCCAAAGAGCUACAAGCUGUGCAGGAUGAUCCGCAAGCGGGGAUCGACCUCGAAGUUAUCAACGACGCGGAUAUUUCUCAUUUGAAAGGAUAUUUUGAUGGCCCGUCUGGCACGCCUUACGAGGGCGGUCGUUACCAGGUUGAUAUUGAGAUACCACAAGAUUAUCCAUUUAAACCUCCCAAGAUGAAGUUCGAUACCAAAGUCUACCAUCCCAACAUAUCAUCGCAGACAGGCGCGAUCUGCUUGGACAUUCUGAAGGAUAAAUGGUCUCCGGUUCUUACCUUGAAAGCAUCACUUAUCUCCCUGCAGUCGCUUCUCACCACGCCGGAACCGACAAACCCUCAGGAUGCAGAGGUCGCCAAGCAUUAUCUUUCAGAUCGCAAGGGAUUUGACAAUACUGCUAAGUACUGGGCUAAAGUAUACGCUGGAGCCGAUGGCGGCGCAUCGGGCACUGCUGCAGCGUCCAAACCGGUCGAUGUGUUUGAACAGUACGGCAUCGACCGCGAAUCAGUGAAGGCAAUCGAGAACAUGGGAUUUACUCAGGAGCGGAUCAUCGAAGUCAUGCGACGGACGGGGAUCAAGAAGAUUGGCCCUGGAGCGCAGGAAGGCGCCGAGGACCGACUUUUGGAAGAACUUUUGAAGUGAAUUGGUUAUAGUAUAUAUUCAGUCUGUAGCCAAGCUUCUGAGCUUGUGCGCGAGCAGUCAAGAUGCAGUCAAGGAGCUCUCGGUCUGACUGGCGUCUCAGACUCGAACUUACGAUUUGAUGCUGUGACUCUGUCUACAUAAUUGAUUUCAAUAUAUCAUUAUUCAUAAUUAU